AUUUUACCACCAUGUUGCUAAUUUCUAGAAGAGCAUUCUCUACAUGCAGAACAUUACUUCAUGAAAACCCCUUGGGCUUGCCUCGACAUAAAGCAGCACCCACUAUGCCACGAGCACAACGUGGAUUACCUCAAAAGAUGCCUAUCAAGGGCGUGAAACAAGUAGUUUGUGUCGCUUCUGGAAAGGGAGGUGUUGGUAAAUCCACCACUGCUGUCAAUAUUGCAUUAGCAGCUGCCGGCAUGAAGAUGAAGGUGGGUAUUUUAGAUGCAGACAUCUUUGGACCGUCCAUCCCCAAAUUGAUGAAUUUAAAAGGCGAACCAGAACUGACCGAGACAGGCGAUCGUCUGAUCCCUUUAACCAAUUACGGUGUCAAAUGUAUGUCCAUGGGCUUUUUAGUGGAUAAGGAUGCUCCCGUAGUGUGGCGAGGAUUGAUGGUUAUGAAGGCCUUACAACAAUUAUUACAUCAAGUGGAUUGGGGACAUUUGGAUUUAUUGGUGAUUGAUAUGCCUCCUGGUACAGGUGAUGUUCAAUUAACCAUCAGUCAACAAGUGGUUGUCGAUGGUGCUGUGAUUAUCUCUACCCCUCAGGAUAUUGCAUUGAUUGAUGCUGUGAAAGGAACCAACAUGUUUAAAAAAGUGAACGUCCCCAUUUUGGGUUUGGUGCAAAACAUGUCAUUGUUUAUUUGUCCCAACUGUAACCAUGAAUCGCAUAUUUUCGGUCACGACGGUGCGGCUCGUAUGGCGACUGAUUACAAUGUCCCUUUAUUGGGUGAAGUCCCUCUCCAUGCGGAUAUCUGUAAAUUAUCAGAUUCUGGUAAACCCAUUGUGAUUUCGCAACCAGAUAGUCCCUUUGCUGCUCAUUAUCGUUCCAUUACUCAGAAUAUGCUUGCACGAUUAUCUGCGAAACAAGAAUAA